CGUGACGCUGCGCGGUGGCAGCGAGCGCCGGGGCCCCGCUCGGCUCCGCUCCGUACCGGCCCCGCUCCGGGACCGCCCGGCCCCGCCGCCCCCGGAAGCGCCAUGGGCCCCCCUGGACGCCCUCGCACCACCUAGACCCGUCUCCAGCCAGCAGCACCUCCCAACCACGAGGGCAGCAGGAUGGCCCAGCAGCGCCAUGCCAUCCCCCCACCACUCAAGACGGAGGAGGACUACAUCCCCUACCCCAGCGUGCACGAGGUGCUGGGCCGGGAGGGGCCGUUCCCCCUCAUCCUCCUGCCGCAGUUCGGGGGUUACUGGAUCGAGGGCACCAACCACCAGCUGAGCGGGGCCCCUGACUCGCCACCCACCCCGGUACCCGGCGCCCGGGCAAAGCUGGAGGGCAACCACACGGCCAAGAUCUACCGCAAGCACUUCCUGGGCAAGGAGCACUUCAACUACUACUCCCUGGACCCGGCGCUGGGACACCUCGUCUUCUCCCUCAAGUACGACGAGCAGGAGCACCUCCACCUGCUGCUGCGCACCCGUGCCCGCACCCUGCACGAUGUGGUGCCCAUCUCCUGCCUGGCCGAGUUCCCCAACGUGGUGCAGAUGGCCAAGCUGGUGUGCGAGGACGUCAAUGUGGAUCGCUUCUACCCCGUGCUCUACCCCAAGGCAUCCCGCCUCAUCCUCGCCUUUGAUGAGCACGUGCUCAGCAACCACUUCAAAUUUGGGGUCAUCUACCAAAAACUAGGGCAGACCUCCGAGGAGGAGCUCUUUGGCACCACGGAGGAGAGCCCGGCCUUCGCCGAAUUCCUCGACGUCCUGGGUCAGCGGGUGCAGCUGCGGGACUUCAAGGGGUUCCGAGGGGGGCUGGAUGUGACCCACGGGCAGACAGGCAGCGAGUCGGUCUAUUGCCACUUCCGUGACAAGGAGAUCAUGUUCCACGUCUCCACCAAACUGCCCUACACCGAGGGGGACGCCCAGCAGCUGCAGCGGAAGCGUCACAUCGGCAACGACAUCGUGGCCAUCGUCUUCCAGGACGAGAACACACCGUUCGUGCCCGACAUGAUCGCCUCCAACUUCCUCCACGCCUUCGUGGUGGUGCAGCUGGAGCAGGGGGGCGCCCAGGGCACCCUCUACAAGGUCUCCGUCACGGCCCGGGACGACGUGCCCUUCUUCGGCCCGCCGCUGCCCGACCCCGCCGUCUUCAGGAAGGGCCCCGAGUUCCAGGAGUUCCUGCUGACCAAGCUGAUCAACGCCGAGUACGCCUGCUACCGCGCCGAGAAGUUCGCCAAGCUGGAGGAGCGGACGCGGGCGGCGCUGCUGGAGACGCUGCACGAGGAGCUGCAGGCGCGCAGCCAGGCCAUGCUGGGGCUCGGCCCCGACGACGAGCGCCCCGACAACGGCGGCGCCGCCCCGGGCUUCUUCGAGUCCUUCAAGUCGCUGCUGGUGCCCGGGAGCCGCCGGGGACGCCGCGGCAGCGCCAUCGGGCUGGGCUCGGUGGAAGAGGCGCUGCUGGUGCCCGGGAAGAGCCCGUCACGGCGGCGGCCCGGCCCCCUGGGCUCCCGCCGCUCCAGCGCCAUCGGCAUCGAGAGCAUCCAGGAGGCGCCGGCCGGCAGGGACGGCCCCGCAGCCGCCGACGGCUCCAGCUCCACGCACAGCUCCCCCGAGAGCCGCCGGAACCCCGACAGGGCCGAGAAGCCGGAGCCGCCGGAUUUCUCCCGCUCCUCCUCCAGCGCCAGCAGCUUCGGCAGCGCCGCGGAGGAGCCCGGCGAGCCGGGACGGGAGAGCCGCUCGCCCUCGGGGAGCCACCGCGACGCCUUCACUGACACCCCCUGGCCGGAUGAGCCCCCCGGGACCCCCCCAGGCCGCCGCCCGCCUGACCCGCCCUGCCCCGAGAUCAAAAUCCAGCUGGAGCAGCCCCCCCAUAACCCGGGCUCAUAGUCACCCCCCCGUCUGCGGGGGUGUCACCGCUUCACCCCCCUCUGUGUGCCACCCCCGUGCCAGGAGCUGAAGCCAUCGUCCCCGGUGCAGGAUUUGGGGGGGACCUCCAAAAAAAAUUGGGAUGUGCCCCCCUCCAGACAAUCUCUGUCACCCCAAAAACCCUUUGGGUGAGGGGGUGAUGCACCACAAAGGGGCCGCCCCUCUGCCGUGACCCCGGAAUGAAGAGUGGGUCCAACCCCAGCAUCAUCCCCUCCCCCCCCAAAAAAAAAAGAGGGGACUCAAAUCCAGGGUAACCCCAAAGUGGAACUCCCUCUCCCCCCCUUUAUUUUAAGGGACAAAAGUUCCGGAAUCUGCCGGAGGCUGGAACUGGGGGGAAGGGGAGGAAUAUUUUUUCACACCCUCCCAAACUGUGUUUGUGUUUCCCGUGAGUCCUGUAUAAAAUAAAGGUUUAUUUAUCGCUACA